AUGGUCAGCAAAAUAUCACCCAGUGUAAGGAUGUUGUCUAGCAAGGCAAGCUGCAAUUCUCAUGGACAGGAUUCUUCCUACUUCCUGGGAUGGCAACUUUACGAGAAUAAUCCAUUUCAUGAAGUUGAAAACCCAACAGGAAUCAUUCAGAUGGGGCUUGCUGAGAAUCAGCUUUCUUUCGACCUUGUCGAAUCAUGGCUUAGAAAAAACCCGGAAGUCAUGGAACUGAAGAAGGGUGGAGAAUCUGUAUUCAGGGAACUAGCUCUCUUCCAAGACUAUCACGGAUUGCCUACUUUCAAAAAUGAACUGGUGGAGUACAUGGCAAUGAGAGGAAACAAGGUCAAGUUCGAUCCCAACAACCUAGUGCUUGCCGCUGGUGCAACUUCAGCUAACGAGACUUUAAUCUUUUGCCUCGCCGAUCCUGGUGAAGCUAUUCUUCUUCCUACACCGUACUACCCUGGGUUCGACAGGGAUCUUAAAUGGAGGACUGGAGUGGAAAUUGUUCCAGUACAUUGCUGGAGCUCAAAUGGAUUCAGAAUUACCAUGUUUGCACUGGAAGAAGCCUACGAAAGAGCUCAAAAGCUUAACCUCAAAGUUAAAGGGGUUUUGAUAACGAAUCCUUCGAAUCCACUGGGCACAACAAUGACCAAAGAGGAGCUCGACCACCUCAUUACUUUCGCCAUGGCCAAAAACAUUCAUGUCAUAAGCGAUGAAGUUUUUUCAGGAACAGUCUUCGACUCACCUGGUUUCAUAAGCAUUCUAGAAGCCGCAAUGGACCGCAACCUCGAAAACACAGACGUAUGGAGCCGCAUUCAUAUUGUUUACAGCCUUUCCAAGGAUUUAGGUUUACCGGGAUUUCGUGUGGGUAUGAUUUAUUCCAACAACAAAACUGUUGUCGGUGCGUCAACUAAAAUGUCGAGUUUUGGCCUGGUUUCAUCCCAGACUCAGUACCUACUCACCAACGUGUUAGCCAGCAAGAGAUUCACCAGCAAAUACAUGAAGGAGAACCAAAAGCGGCUCAAGAAGAGGAAAGAGAUGCUGGUUUCAGGGCUUAAAAAGUCAGGGAUCGAAUGCCUGAAAAGCAAUGCAGGGUUGUUCUGCUGGGUUGACAUGAGACAUCUCUUGUCUUCUAACACAUUGGAAGCAGAAACAAAGCUGUGGAACCAAAUGGUUUGCGAUGUCGGGUUGAAUAUCUCUCCUGGUUCAUCUUUCCAUUGCAGUGAACCAGGGUGGUUCAGGGUCUGCUUUGCCAACAUGUCCCGAGGAACCCUUCAAGUUGCAAUGCGACGAAUCAAGGAUUUCGUCGAACGUUCGAACUUUAUGGGUAGGAUUAAGAUGAAUUACCAGCAAAAUAUGUCGAGUUUAAGCAGGAAACUGCUCAGCAACUGGGUUCGCAAAUUAUCCUCGCCUGAUCCUAAUGAACAUGAGCGUUAG